AUGCUUGAAUAUCCAAAAACUUAUACGGAAGAUGAUCAUAUUAGUCGAAUUGUAGAAAAACGUAUUUCAUCAAGACAAAAGAAACCAGUUAUAAGUAGCGGUGAGGCUUUUUUGGCAUUAGAAAUUAUUGCAGAACGUUUAGGUUAUCCCAAUAGUUCACCAAGGGAUGUGAACUCUUUAACUAGUAAAAAGACAAGUAAAACAAAACGCCACUGUUCAGGUCUUCUAUUAGCACAAACUUAUGAUUCUUCAAAUGAGGAAAGUAUAACUGAAGGAAAAUAUGAGACAGACUGUGAGACAGAGACAUCUUCUAAUAGCGAGGAUAAUGAACCUUACAGAUGCAAUAAAGUUAAAAAAAAAGAGCGUGAAAAAGAAUGUAAAACCAAAGACAAUGGAGUUAAGAAUAACAACGGAGUUAAGAAUGGUCAAUUACCAGAAAAUACGCAUGCUGUUGAUCUAGUAUUUGGUGGGGACGCCAGAUACAAACGGCAACCUAUAGGAUUGAGACAGAAUAAUCUAGCACUAAAUCACGCAAUCAAGGCAUAUCAAAAGGCACAAUCGUCAAAUUAUAAAGGAUCAGGAGAUUCCCAAUUGCAUAAGACACAAUUAUGUAAAGUUCAGUCAUAUGCUAUCCUAAGGCUCCAAAUGAUGUGGCUUCGAUUUGUUGCAAAAUAG